AUGCGUCGAAUAACAAGAAUAGAUAGGUCAAUUGGCCUCAUACGUACCCGGCCUAUCUCACAAAAUUCAAAUACAUACCGUUGCUCAGCAUGCAAAAACCAGACCUCUUCAUUCUCGACUUCUUUACGGGCAGACAAAGAAUCACUUGGGGAGCGAGUGCGACGAAGCCUGUUCAAGCAAGGCCCCUCCACAUCUUCAGAUCCCUAUACUGGCCCUAGUCAGCUAUCAGCACAAGAAAGGGAACCAGAGUUUGAAAGGAAGGAGAGAAUAUCAGCUGAGGAUGCCUACGAUUAUGAACCAGCAGAGAAUGGAUUAGGGUUAGAAACGAUUGGUGGCUACGAAGGAUCUUGGGGCGCUGAGCUGGAUUCCAACUAUCCAUACAAACUUUUCAUUCCAAAGAUCAAAGAUUCUGUAGAAGCGGCGACAGCAUUACAUCGUGCUAUUGUCGAAGUUUUCGCCCUAAAACAAGCUAGAAGACCUUUGUCGGAAAUUUCCCAGACUGAGCCUAGUGAAGAUUUUACUGGGAAUGUACAAAUCAAUCCUUCGGGAUCGGGUGCUAUCCUACAGUUCCCAGGAAAUGGUUCCUUAGAACAGAUAAUCAAAUCAUUGGCGCCCCCCAAAAAAGGCAAACAAAGACGUAAAGCUCGCCUUGUUGCAACUUCCUCGAUUGACGAAACCACAGAAAAGGGUUCGCCUACCCAGUCUGAAGAAGAUUUUGCUGCCGAUAGGUCACCGGUAGAUCCCUUGCAUCCAGGGCCUACACCAAAGAUUAAUGAUACUACGGAGAAGGGAGUUCCUACUGAAUCAGAGGAAGAUGUUACAGCGGACCGUUCACCGGUGGACCCGUUGAAGACCAAGGCUAAGGCACAGGCCGCACCUUGGGGAAAUUCGUGGCUACAAAUCUCUCUCGAAGACCCAGCGGUCAAAUUUGCUGUUGUAAAACGCACAAUGCAACUAAUAGGUAAAAGAAUACCCGACAAUGUUAUCAGCUCCUCCAGUACGGCAGAAAAGCUCUUGCAACAUCUCAUCACCCCGCCCAAACCUCCAACCCUGAACAAAGCCUUAAAACAAAAUGAAGAACUACUAUCCUUACCAAACGUUAGUGUAUUCAGAAAACGCAUUACGCCAGUAGAUAAGGAACGAAAUGUUGGAAGAUUGAAGGUCAUUAGGGAAGAAUUUAAGUCUCGGGGGCUAAUGGAAUCAAACAAAACUGGUUGGACUGGUCGAGGCCCACGUGCUGAGGCAAUAUGA